CGCCGCCGCCUCUGCUGCUCGCCCGCCUUUGCUUCGCACACCACGCCCCGGGGCCGCCUGUCUGUCCGUCAGCAGCCAUGAAUGCCCUCGGUCCGGGUCGUCGAGUCUUUCGAUCUCUAGAAUAAUCUUCCCGCUGCCCCGAAGCCCGUUUGCACCAUGGAAUCGCCCGCCUCGAGUCAGCCCGCAGGCAUGCCCCAAUCCAAAGGAAAGGCCAAGAGAAAGAAGGACUUACGAAUAUCCUGCGUGUCUAAGCCACCUGCACCUAAUCCCACGCCCCCCCGGAACCUGGAUUCCCGGACAUUCAUCACCAUUGGAGAUAAGAACUUUGAAGUGGAGGCUGAUGACCUGGUCACCCUCUCGGAGCUGGGCCGUGGUGCUUACGGGGUGGUAGAGAAGGUGCGGCACGCCCAGAGCGGCACCAUCAUGGCUGUGAAGCGGAUCCGGGCCACUGUGAACUCGCAAGAGCAGAAGCGGUUGCUCAUGGAUUUGGACGUCAACAUGCGCACUGUGGACUGCUUCUACACUGUCACCUUCUAUGGGGCGCUCUUCCGAGAGGGAGAUGUGUGGAUUUGCAUGGAGCUCAUGGACACAUCCCUCGACAAGUUCUACCGGAAAGUGCUGGAGAAGAACAUGACGAUUCCCGAAGACAUCCUGGGGGAGAUUGCUGUGUCUAUAGUCAGGGCCCUGGAGCACCUGCACAGCAAGCUGUCCGUGAUCCACAGAGACGUGAAGCCAUCCAAUGUUCUCAUCAAUAAGGAAGGCCACGUGAAGAUGUGCGACUUUGGUAUUAGCGGCUACUUGGUGGAUUCAGUGGCCAAGACGAUGGAUGCAGGCUGCAAGCCCUACAUGGCUCCUGAGAGAAUCAACCCGGAGCUGAAUCAGAAGGGCUACAAUGUCAAGUCUGAUGUCUGGAGCCUCGGCAUCACUAUGAUUGAGAUGGCCAUUCUCCGGUUUCCGUACGAGUCCUGGGGAACCCCGUUUCAGCAGCUGAAGCAGGUGGUAGAAGAACCAUCUCCCCAGCUGCCCACUGAUCGUUUCUCCCCUGAAUUUGUAGACUUCACUGCACAGUGCCUGAGGAAGAACCCAGCAGAACGUAUGAGCUACCUAGAGCUGAUGGAACACCCUUUCUUUACCUUGCACAAAACCAAGAAGACAGACAUCGCUGCCUUUGUGAAGGAGAUCCUGGGAGAGGACUCAUAGAUAUGGGGCCAAGACUUCACACUGCCUCCAGGCAUCAUGGCUCCUUCUGCCAAGGCAAUGCUUGCCCACAUCCAUAAGCUACCAGCACCUUGGAUUCUGGAGGAAUGAGGGGCCUGUGUUCACCCAGCUAGGUCCGCAUGUGCCUCUGUCCCUGCUGCUCUAAGGACCCGAGUGUCAAACCUCCGCUUCCCUGGACUUGGAAGAGCCUGGAUGCCCCCGCAGAUGCUACUGGCCCUGGCAGAGAAGGCAGCUGUUGCUUCCAGCCAGCCCUAGGUGCCACCUGAGUUGUACAUUUUUUUUCUAUCAACUGAAUGAACUUUGCAUACGUUGGCCCCGGGCAGCCACUCCUGUCGCAGCAAUGGAUUGAAGGGGCUUCAGGGAAGGGAUGAGCCAAGGGAAUCCCCUGGAGAUCCCUACAUGGAGGACACAGGAGCCACCUCAGACCUUCACACUAUAUUGCAGGGCUUCUAA